UUACUUGUACGAUACUUCUUUACAGUGGUACGAAUAAAAAAAAAUUUAAAUUGAUUACGUUUAACUUAUAAAUUUAUAAAUUAAAAAUUAAUUAUAAAUUAAGAGUAAUGAAUUAACAGUGCAAGAGAGGAAGUAUGAAGUAUGAAGUAUGAAGUAUGAUGGAGGUCCCAUUUGAUAGAGACGAAGCAGAAGUGAUUUGUGUAGAAGACUUGCAAUGAAAGAGGAGAUCUUUUCAAUCUCACACUCCAAAUACUGUCAAUAGUUUUCACUAUUCGAUCUGUGAGUAUGGACACCAAUACAAAUGUUACUACUCAUACUACUCUUACUCUUACAAAUGCUGAAAAUCUUGCAAUUAUUGAGGAUAGAUCUGUUACUCAACAAGCUCAGGAUCAGCAACAAGACGAGGUUAACUAUGAGGAGCCCAUCUAUGUAAUUCAGGAUGGAGACAGCAAUGGAUUUACUUUUAAACAAAAUAAAGUAGAUGUUGUUGAGUUUUCUCUUCCAGAGAAUGACGGAAGAGAUGAGGAAGCAGAAAUUGAGCCUAUUACUUCAGGUUUCUGCAAAAGCUCAGAAACUUCUGCUGGCCUCAAAUAUGUGGAUAGCUUGUUAAAUGAGAGAUCUAAUGGAGUCAAUGGCGCAUUAUCUGAGAAAUAUAAUGGUGAAAACGUAGUGAACAAAAUUCUUAUAGUAAGUGGCCAAAGGGAAAUCUUUCAAUCCGAAAAUUCUCAGGAAGAUGAACCGGAAGGAGAAGAAUUUGAUGUAGAGAGAGUGAUGAAGGAGCAAAAAACUCAUGAUAUGUAUUGCCCUAAUUGUAAUAAAUGUAUUACUGACAGGGUCAUUCUGAAAAGACGAAAGAGAAAAAUUAGGGAAAUUUCUAAAGAUGUACCUCCUGAGGUAAAUCCUGGUCAAAUGACUCCAAUGCAUCCUGAUGAAGUUUCUAAUCCUGUUGAAAGAAUGCCCGUUAGUGAAACUCUUCAAAAUGAACGGCGGGAAAGAGAUUCUGAGUCACGUCUUGAAGCGAUUUCGUGCUUUUCAUGUUUCAGCAUUUUCAUUUCUAAAGGGAACGGUUUUCUAUGCUGGAGAUUCAAACCUAAAUUAACUGUUACUCAGCAUUCAGAUGUGCCUUCAGCUGGAUACAUAGAUGCAACAGGAAGAGAUGAUGAAAAAGGCACAGCUUUUCCUUUGUGGAUUUUGACUUGCUGUCAACCUUACCAUGCGGAAAAGCCAGUGUCAAAGCCAGGGCCAAAAUCUCCACCAAUACCAGAGAAGGAUGUUUUGCCUCAACAAAGCGAAUUUCCUUCGCAACCAUCUCAUGCUACAGAUGCUCUGCCCGAAAAAGGUCAACUUGCUUCAUCUCCGUCUCAAUAUACACAUACACCAUUACCUCCUGAAUAUCAACCUACUGUGUCACUUGAUUCUGAUUUACCAACUUCUAGAGGACCUGUUGAUGAUAUCUCAUCCCAACCAGUACCUCUUGAUCCUGUAAGGCCCGAAAAAGCCGCAGAGAAUAAUAUUCCACUGUGGAUCCUGACCCUUUGUCAGCCUACUGAGAGCGUCAAUAACGCACCAAGAACAGGUACCAAACUUCCAACUGAUGACAUGAAAUUUCCUUUUACACCAUCUGAUGAGUUCCCAGUACAUCCUAUUCAAUCUGCUACAGUACUUGACUCAGGUAUACACUAUUAUUGCAACCAAAUUCUUCUUAUCACUCACAUCUUUAGUUUGGUGUUGUGUUCCAUCAACGAUGCAGAAACCAAGUUACCGUCAGAGCAGCAAACUCAUGCAGCAUCUGACAAAGACGAGCCAAUAUCCUCUCUAGAUACCGAUCCUCCACCAACAAAUGAAGACGGUACAAGAAUCCAAAACUAUGAGAGUGAUCUUUCUACUGCACCAUCUAAAGAUACAACAGAAUAUCCUAUUUCACAACUUCCUAUAAAAGAUGAACCCGGACAACUCAUAGUACGUAAGCCUGUAAAUCCCAGAAUUUCUGGUGAAGACAUUCCAUCACAGCUCGAUCUGCCAGAACCUCCUUCGACUCCUCCAAAAGGAGAUGUGAUCGUAGAAAUGCCUGAUCCACCUAAGCCUCAGCCUUCAGAUAUGCAACCUGGUGUAUCUGCAUCUGGAUCAAGGCCUUUAGUUGACGUUGAGGAACCACUAAUUCAACAUUUACAUGAACCUCCGAUACCUGGAAUUGGUGUGGACAUAUUAAAAGCUAUUGUAUAUGGAGGUCUCUUGGAAUGCAUCAUCAGCUUAAGUGUUAUUACCUCAGCAGCCGGUGGAGAUGCCACCACAUUAAAUAUUGUAGCUUUGGGGCUAGCAAACGUUUUUGGAGGAUUAAUUGUUCUUUUUCAUAAUAUAAGGGUGCUAAAACAUGAGCAUGCAUUGGAGCGUUAUGAACAACAGCUUGGGAGGCCAGAAAACUUUGUGCUGCAUGCAGUUGUUGCCAUGUUAUCCUAUGUUGUUUUUGGUCUAAUAUCUCCUAUCAUCUAUGGUUUUUCCUUCAGCAAAAGCGAUAACAAGAAUUAUAAGCUCACAACACUUGCAGCUGCUUCACUUGUUUGCAUAGCAAUCCUUUCUGUAGGGAAGGCGCAUGUCCGAAGGCCUCCAAAGUACUUUCAAACAGUCUUCUAUUACAUAUGUAUGGGAUUCAUUGUCUUCGGUGUUGGAUAUGCUGCAGGUGAUCUCAUCAACACACUACUUAAGAAGCUCAAUGUGUUCGACUAUAGAGUCGCGCCUGUUGCUGUGCCAGUGCUCGGAAAUGGAGCAGUGAGCAGGGGAUUGUCGGUUUAUUAGUUUGCGUUCAAAGGUCAGCUUUUUUGGCGGCUUUUAUUUGUUGUAUUAUUAGAAACUGGAGAGAAAGUGAGGGAUGAUUGUUGUGCAUUUAGGUGUUUUAUGAUUCGAUGUAGCUAAAUAUAAGUAUCUAUCAAAUAUGUGAUAAUAAAAGGCCUUUUUUUUUAUGAGAAACUGUGAUUUAUAUCAUUUACUAACAGUUUUUAUUAUUGAGUUGUGACAAUUGAGAUGUUUGGUGAAGUAUCUCCAA